AUGCUGCUCGACACAGCUCCAUUACCAUUCUCGUAUCUUUCCAUAAUGUCAGCCAGCUACUUACUAGCUGUUAGUGAAACAACCAGGAUACCCUCGUCAUCCACGCAGGCACCUGAGCUGUUGGGAUCUAUUUCAACAAAUGGGAGGCGGGUUCAUACCGGACAACCUUGCCGGUCGAAGGAUCUUCAUCGUCACCUGGAUGGAUGUAGAUCUUGCGACUGGGCCUUGUUGCCCAUGGGGGUUCGCUCAUGGACCCGUAAGCAAAGAUAG